GAUAAGUCAGCUAUCAAUAAAUACACUAGGAUUCCGCAUCAACAGAUUUUCCAUCCUAUUCCGGGCAGCGAUGCUGCCGGAGAGAUUCAGCUUUGACUUCCGUCCAAUCGAUCAGUACUGGACGAGAGCCAGGGGCACUUGCAGCAACACGGAACGCGGAAAUAUGUACAUCCUGGCGUCGCUGGCUUUGAUCCUGCUGCACCUGCUGGUGCUGCCCAUCUACCUGUACCUCACCUGGCACCACAAGUACUGGCGCAAGCGGGGAUUGGUCACGGCUCGGCCCCUGACCCUGCUGGGCACGUAUCCGGGCCUGCUCACCCGCAGAAGCAAUCUGGUCCUCGACGUGCAGAAGAUCUACGAUAAAUACAAGGGAAAACACCGAGCUGUUGGCGUCUUUGUGACUCGACAGCCGCAGAUCCUGGUCCUCGAUCCGGAACUGGCCCACGAAGUGCUGGUGGGAAACUUCCGCUGCUACAAGGACUCGCUGCAAAGCUCGUACCUCCGGCAUGCCAAGUGGGACAAGUACGCGCGCCUCAAUCCGUUCUGGGCAUCCGGACAGUCCUGGAGGCGCCUUCGCACGGAUGCCCAAGCUGGUAUCUCCGGCAGUCGCCUAAGGCAGGCCUACAAUAUUUGGGAGCAGGGAGGCCAAAUGCUCACGGAGUACAUGACGCAGCAGGUGGCGGAGAAGAACAAUAUCCUGGAGACCAGAGAUCUAUGCUUCCGAUACACGGCCCAUGUGAUGGCGGACUUCAUCUGGGGCAUAGAUGCAGGCACCCUAACCCGACCCCUGGAGCAACCCAACAAGGUGCAGCAGAUGGCCAGCAAGUGGACCAGUUACGCUUUCUACAUGCUCACCCUCUUCAUGGCCACCAUUGUGGCGCCCUGCAGUCGUCUGCUGUUGCGAUUCCGUUUCUAUCCCAAGGAGACCGACGAGUUCUUUUCCAACCUGACCAAGAAGUCCAUUGAGCUGCGACUGAAGGCAGGCGAUUCCACUCGCACGGACUAUCUGUCGCAUCUUCUCCAGCUUCGGGAUCAAAAGCAGGCCACCCACGACGAUUUGGUGGGUCAUGCUCUGACCGUGAUGCUGGAUGGCUACGAUACCUCGGGAACAGCUCUCCUCCACGCUCUGUACUAUUUGGCUGAAAACCCGGCUGUUCAGCAGAAACUGCGAGUGGAAAUCCUCAGCAGCAUGGCAUCGGAGAAGAGUCUCGACUUUGAGAAGCUCUCCUCUUUGCAAUAUUUGGAGCAAGUGAUCUAUGAAUCCCUUCGACUUAGCAGCUUGAUACCGCAGUACACAAAAGUCUGCACAUUGCCCACCGUCAUUAAGCUGAGCGAAUCCAAGAGCCUGGAUGUGGAGGAUGGCAUGACGAUCAUGAUACCCAACUACCAGUUCCAUCACGAUAAGCAAUACUUUCCCGAACCGGAGGCUUUCAAGCCAGAGCGAUUCGAUAAUGGCGCCUAUCAGGAAUUGAUGCGGAAAGGCAUCUUUCUGCCGUUUAGCGAUGGUCCCCGUAUCUGCAUGGGUGUUCCACUGGCCAUGCUGACCCUGAAAACGGCUCUGGUCCACAUCCUCAGCAACUUUCAGGUGGUGCGGGGCAGGGAUCGACUGAUUGCAAAGGGAGAUUCUGGAUUUGGGGUCGUUCUGCAGGGAGAUGUUAUUCUUGAAUACCGCCGCUUUUUCAGAUAGACUUGUAUUGUUAUCAGUAAAUAUUGCCAGCUUUCACUGAUUAAAUAUUUUGAAAUUACUAGCAAUACAAA